UGCAUUAGAAGCAUAAAAUACAGGCACAUCACGCCUGAACUAACGCUCAAGACCGCUCAAGAGGAUGACGACAAACCAGCCACCACGCAGCAAUCAUGAUUCUGCCGAGAAGUUAUCCUUGCUAGGAAUCCGGCGUUUCGAAAUGAUUCCCCUCUGCAGUGCGAAUAGAGGUGGCGACGGAUACAGGACAGGAUAUAACUGUUGCUUCGAGUGCUACGAGUGGGCCAGGGUGCCGAACAAGUUAAGGAUGACGGUGGACACCGGUGUAAGGGAGGAUUGCAUUGUCGAGCACGCAUUUCCGCACGUCUGCUGCGCGUGCAACACCGGAAGAGAACGCUAUGGUGUCAAUAACGAACUCCAUCAACGAGGAGUAAUAACGAUCCAAUCGUGUCAAGCCCGAAAGAUCGAGUUUCUUUGGCUCAUCGAAGCUUCUUGGGGUAAAGUCGAAAAUGUGUCGUGAUCAUCACCGAACGUGCUCACUUCGCUCAAGUCACGUACGCGCUGCUUUGAUACGACAAUAACAAAAAAACACGACUUGGUAUUAAUACGUUGUGGUGAUCGAGGGAUCAAGCGCUUCUACUUCGAGGCAAUUGCUCCAAGGUGUUGGAGUCCAACUAUCUACGAUUCGAGCCUAGCACGCUCUCGCUUCUCGGCAUAUUUCGGCGUACGCCAAAGCAGGGCUGUCAUUUGAGGUCACACAGAUGUGGUGCUUAGUGGCAUUGAGGGGCACCGUUAGGUCCACCGCCUCAACCUGACUCGGCUUAACUAUGCCCGAAGUUGAAGUCGGGUCUCUUUUAUAUCGACUAAUUCUGACUCCGAAACGGCUUGGCGCGGAAAAUGACUGGCCGAGACGAAGCCAGAUGUGCAGGCUUCGAAAAGCCCGACGAGGACACGCCGAAUGAAGCAAAUGAAGCACGUGGACACCGGUCAAGUGCGCAUGGAGGGCAUCCACACUCACUAUGUCUACCUGCACGUAAAUAAGCAGCUCGCUUAUUGCAAUCGGUUGUGCCAAGCACACCGCAGCCGUUUCGAUUUCCAAUACAAAUUUCAAGUCAUUGAAAUUCGGCGGGAAAAGAUCUAAAAUAGGAAAAAACCUCGGAGAAGAAUUUUGAAAAACCUCUUGAAAUUACUAUUUCGUUGGGGGUGCGGCUCUUGGAAGGCGAAGUCAACCACUUUCGUCCAUACUAAAAGAGACUCGGCGGAAGAAACGAACCGCGUGUACCCGCGCUACGGUCUCCUUUAUACUAGCUGGUCAACCGCCCUGUCGAGAUGCUGACGGAGAGCCCGCCACUGGACAGUGGGGAGCGCCGUGCCGAAGCCCGCCACCGCCGCCGCGAGGCCGCUGCUCCGUACUCGAAGCGCACAAAGGCGGAGGAAGACGAAGACGACGUUGAGUUUUUCGCUCGCGAGACAGGCCACAGCCGACGCGGCAGUGGCUUCUUCGCCCGCUUGGCUAGUUAUAUCCCUAUUGUGAACAAGCUAGUGACUGAAGAAGACGAGGAAGAAGAGGCCGAGUUACAGCCAGCCGUCGACACGUCCGUCGACAGUAUUGACAUUCAGACGACUCAGGAAGACGUAGACGAGGAAGAGGAGGCUCAGGAAGAGGCUGAGAAGGAACAAGAGACCCAGAAAGAGACUGAUAAGGAUCAAGAAACCCCAGAAGAGACUGAGAAAGAGACACAACAGACACCCGAGCCUCAGCCGGAGAAGCAGAAGGAGCCAACGCCACAGGACGAGGAAAUGCCUGAACCCACCUCGUCCCCCGUGACACGUGCGGCCCCAUCCUUCGUCACUCCUAAGGAACAACUCUCCACGCCUCCCAGACACAAUAACAAGCGUGGAUCCCGUAAAUCUCGCUCGCCUUCCCGUGACAGCAGCGUCGACAGCGGAGACUGCAGUCCAGCCAUGAUGCGUUCACAAAGGAAGCGCGGAGACAAGCGCGUGUUCCUUCCUGGCCCUUCACAGCAGUCAAAGAUGUUACGCAUCUCCAGUUCCCAGCGCAGGCGUAAAUCCACGUCCCCUUCGCCCCACGACUCAGCGUUGGCUGUGAUUAAACAGAAGAAAACCAUUACAAUGGAGGAGUUUGAGCGACUGCAGAAGCAGCUGCACGACAUGGUGGAGACGACGCCUCAUACUCAACUGGCGAUGACUCAAGCAGCUCUGGCCAAUGGACUGGAACGUCCGUUCACGCGCGGCUUUCCUGGGCCCACGUCGUUCCCUGGAUACGUUCCAGGCUCCAUUGCCAACCAGAACCACGGAGCGUUGAUCGUACAUGACGAGAGGAAACGUGGCUCUGAGUUAGCGAAGAACGGCGUUCCUUUCGGUAAACGCCCUAGAAACCACGAGAACGGACCCAUUCUCUUCUCAGGCUCCACUCUACGCGGACAGUUGACGCGUGAGGAGCGUCUGAUGAGGAAGCCUCGUCCGUCGCGUCUUUUGACUGGCGCUAAGCGCGAUGCUGCCACGCGUAAUGCUUACUCUGCGGCAGUUGCGGAGAAGAUCUUGUCGACGCUGAAUAAGGUGCAGACUCCGUUGGAACGGGAGGCGCAGAAGCCCACGCCGUCGACGUCCAUGUCCUGGGCUAAGUACCAUCUUUCGAUAGCGGACGAUGAGAAAAAGAGUCUUGAGAAUGGCAUGGAGAUUGACAGCGAUGACGUUGCACCCCCGACGAGUACAGUACCCCGCGUGACGUUCCCUCAGCCUACACAGAAGCCUGCCACGUUGUCUUUUGGUGCUCCGAAGGCUUUGGAGACGCCGGCGAAGAGCGUGACUAGCUCAUCGACGCUGUUCUCGCCUCAGACGGUGUCAAUGACCCCAGCACUUGCUCGUGCACCGGACCAGCAGAAGUUUGAGAAGUUUGGUGAGUUCAAGUUUACUCUCCCGCUUCGUAUUGAUGGAGUUAACCAGGUGGAUGUGGACGAUGAGGAUACUCGUGUAAAGUUUGUGUUUUCUCCACCACCAAGUAUGCGUGAGCCUCCAGUGAAGGCGUCGAGUCAGAAGACUGCAACGAAGAGUAAUGGUGCAGCUCCGUUUGAUUUCAUGCCUUCGUCGCCCAAGACGACGACGACUGAGUGGGUGUCGAAGCCACCUAAGGCGAAAGAACCUGAGAAGCCGAUGGCUACACAGAAGCCUGCUGCGCGCAAGGAAACUGAGAAGCCCAGUACGACGGACGUUGCACCGGCAGCUUCGACUAAUGGCGCUGUGAAUCCCCUUGCGAGGUUCAUGCAGCUGAAGCCGGGACAAUGGAAAUGCCCUGGAUGCAGUGUUCUGAAUGAGGCUACGAGUGCCAAGUGUCCGUGUUGUGAGACGGCGAACCCUGCAGGCGCGUCUGCACCUAAGGCUGCUGCUCCUGCGGCGCCUAAGCCUUCGGGAACGAUUUCAUCUAGCGGCUUUAGUUUUGGUGCGCCCGCUGCGGACGCCAAGAAAGAUGAUAAGCCGGCUGCUGGAUCAAUUACGGCGGGUGGAUUCAGCUUUGGUGCUCCAUCUGCAGACUCGAAGAAGGAAACGGAAAAGCCGGCUGGAUCAAUUUCGUCAAGUGGAUUCAGCUUCGGUGUUCCGGCGGGUGCCGCCAACAAGGAGACUGAAAAACUUGCCUCGGGAAUCACAUCUGGCGGAUUCAACUUUACUGCCCCAACUCCAGCUCCUGCCUCGGACAAGCCAGCCUUUAGUUUCGGUGUCACCGCUGAGUCGGACUCGACGGCUGAUGAUUCUGUUAGUACUGCUCCGAUUUCGUUUGGAUUUUCGCCUCCCAAGAAGACUGGAGAUGCUUCGAAGACUCCUGCCGUAACUGAGAAGGCUGCUGCUCCAUCCUUCUCUUUUAGCUCUGGUCCAUCCACUUCGGCCCCUGCUUCUGCCUCGACAGCUACAACCGGUGGAUUCACGUUUGGCGCUACCAGUACCACCACCGAUAGCUCCAACAAGGGAAAGCGCAAAGCUUCUGAGGCGGAAGAGACCAAGAAGGAUUCUACUCCGUCGUUCAGCUUCGGAGCAACCACGACAGCUACCACUGAAGCACCGAAGGCGAGUGUGCCCGCCUUCAGCUUCGGAGCUGCUCCUGAGUCAAAGCAGCCAAGUCCGAAGGAAUCAGAGCGUCCUAAGAAGCGUGUGGCUCCGUCUUCUGUCGCCGCCGACCCGAAGCCUGAGGUAGCCAAUCCGGCUUUCUCUUUCGGUGCGGCAUCAAAACCACCCCAGGUUCCUGCCAAGGGUAAUACUGGUGUGACUUCAUCUACACCGUCGUUCUCUUUCGGAUCGAACAGCUCGACAACUACUGACAAACCGAAGGAGACUUCUGCUCCAUCUUUCAGCUUUGGUGCGACUCCUUCCACUGAGAAGGCUGCAGAGGCGAAGCCGAAGGAAAUGACACCUCCGAAGACUGGUUUUACGUUUGGAUCAUCGUCGACUACGUCAACCCCGGCGCCAAAGCCUAGCACAGGCUUCGGCCAGACAGCUACAGAGCCCAAGGCCCCUACUUUCUCUUUUGGUGCAUCGGUCAGUUCAGCGCCUGCUACUUCGACACCCGCUACAUCUGCGCCUGGUGCUUCUACUGGCUUCACGUUUGGCCAAAGCUCGACGACUCCUGCCGCUAGCAGUGCCCCUGCAUUCGGUGCUGCUCCUGCUACGUCUUCUGCACCUACGUUCGGCUUUGGCUCGUCGACAGCUCACUCCACUGGUACUUCGACUCCCCCCGUGCCAUCGGGUCCUGCUUCGACGCCUGCGUUUACGUUCGGUUCGUCCUCUUCUGCCCAACCAGCAUCGUCCGGCUUUGGCUCUUCGGGGUCUACCACAUUCGGCCAGCCGCCUGCAACCACUUCGGGCUUUGGCUCCACGUCGACGGCUUUCGGAUCAAGCUCCUCUGGUUUUGGAUCUGGCUCGAGCACUGGCUUCGGUAGCUCGUCUAGUGCUGCCCCCUCAACUGCAUUUGGCAGCUCUACAUCGACGGCGCCAGCUGCACCUGCUUUCGCUUUUGGUGCGUCCAGCCAGGCCCCGACUACCAGUGCUCCUGUCGGCCAGCCCGCGUUUUCUUUCGGCUCGAGCGCUCCUGCCCCCAGUGGCUUUGGAGCGGCACCUGCAGCUUCUAGCGGCUUUGGCUCCAGCGCAUCGAGUGGAUUCGGCGCUGCUGCUGCACCAAGUGGCUUCGGAUCUUCCAGCUCUGCACCUGCCUUCGGUAACCAGGCAACCCCCGCGUUUGGUAGCAGUCUUCCUCCCCCGACGACCACGUUUGGCGCUCCAGCAUUCGGCGCUCCUGCAGCUAAUAGCUUCGGCAGUGGCCCUCCAAGUUCUGGGUUCCGUACGCCUAGCCCAACACCUGCCUUCGGUGCCGCUCCGGGCGCUCCUGCCUUUGGUGCUGCCCCUGCUCCGGCGUUCGGUGCUCCCGCUGCUCCCGCUUUUGGAGCCGCUCCUACUGCUGGAGCUUUCGGCGCGCCUCCUGCUGAAGGCGGGUUCAAUAUGGGAGCCGCUCCUCAGCAUGCAAAGGGUCGACGCAUCCUGAAGGCCAAGCCUCGCACUCGGCGAACGUCAUAGAAGUAAGAAUGAAUCAAUUUAUCUUCAAUGUCUUAUAAUUUACUGUGGGGAUGGCAACUUUACCGAUUGAGGGGACCUGCUUCUGGCCAAGACUCUGAUGAGCUAGACUACUUAUGAAAUACCCUACAUGCACUUGUGAGGAGGUUGAGCUUUACCGAUU